UAGCUUGAAGCUCACGUUGUUUAUGUUUAUAAAGCUAGCUGUGUGCAGCAUCAUCUCAGAAGCUACAACAUUCAACGAAUUAGUUUGAGAAUUGCGAAUCCUGUAAUCCGUCAACCAUGGGGAAAUCAUUUGCCAAUUUUAUGUGCAAGAAGGAUUUCCAUCCUGCAUCAAAGUCAAAUAUAAAAAAAGUAUGGAUAGCGGAACAAAAAUUAACCUUCGACAAGAAAAAGCAGGAAGACCUCAUGCAGGCUUACCUCAAGGAACAAGACACGUACAACAACAGAUUAUUGAUGGGUGACGACCGUGUGAAAAAUGGUCUCAAUUUCAUGUACGAGGCUCCGCCAGGAGCGUCGAAAGAGGAGACCAAGGAGGACGGGGAGUCGGAGUAUAAGUUUGAGUGGCAGAAAGGGGCUCCUCGUGAAAAGUAUGCAAAGGAUGACAUGAACAUCAGAGAUCAGCCGUUUGGGAUUCAGGUUCGCAAUGUGAGGUGCAUCAAGUGUCACAAGUGGGGCCAUGUGAACACAGACAGAGAGUGCCCUCUCUUCGGCCUGUCCGGCAUCAAUGCUAGCUCAGUGGCCACAGAAGAAGCGGCAGGUCCGUCAAUGCACCCCUCGGAGUUAAUGGCGGAGAUGCGAAACAGUGGGUUUGCCCUGAAACAAUGUGUCCUUGGGAGAAAUUCUACUGUUUGUGAUCCGUCGCAGGAGUAUGUGGCCAGUGAGGAGGACGAGGAUCCUGAGGUGGAGUUCCUCAAGUCAUUGACCACCAAGCAGAAACAAAAGCUUCUCAGGAAACUUGACCGUUUGGAGAAGAAGGAGAAGAAGGAGAAAAAGAGCAAGAAGCAGAAGAAGAAGAAGAAAAGCAAAGGAAAGCAGAAGAAGAGACGGGACAGCAGCGACUCCUCCAGCGACUCCUCCAGCGACGACUCCGACAGCAGCAGCCAUGACGACGCGUCUCCGAGCCGGGAGAGGAAGAGCGGGAGAAGGGACUCCGGUCAGACGCCCGUCCAGCUGAAGAGCCAGGCCGGGGGCUCGGCUCCCAGGAGCCCAUCACGGAGCCCUCAGCCCGGACAGAAGCUCAACGAGACGGCCGCGGCUCCCAGGGAGACCGUCCAGCCCAGCCCAGACAGACGCAGACAAGGCAGCAGGGAGCGGGAGAGGCAACGGGGGCAGAGUAAUGGGAGGGCGGAGAGAGGGAGAGGGGAGCGAGGCAGUAACCAGGACUCCGGCGAGGGCAAGGGAAGAGCCAGGAAGGAGAGGAGCAGAAGUGGGAGCAAAGAUCGAGCGAAAGGCGGAACGGAUGAGAACAGGAGGAGCAGGGAAAGGGGGAGAGGAACAGGAGGGAACAGGAGGAGCAGGAGCAGAGAUGGAGUUAAGGACAGAGCAGUAAACGAGAGAAGAAGUAGAGAAAGGGGGAGGGUAAGGGGAGCAAAAAGGAGUUUGAGCCGUAGCAGAGGUGGAGGCCGGGAAACGUGCGGCAAGCGGAGAAGUAGGAGCAGAGACGGAGCCAAGGGUCGAGGGAGGAACCAGAGGAGCGGAAGUAGAGAAAGAGGGAGGAACCAGAGGAGCGCAAGUAGAGAAAAAGGGAGAGAGCGACGAUCAGGAAGUGGGAGCAGAGAAAGGGCAGAGAGAAAGAACUGAGGUUGUGUUUUUAUUUUCCUGAAAGACACAUUUGUAUUUGGACUCAAACUGUGAUGGAUGUGAUGUGUGUGUGUGUGUGUAUAGGCUGCUGUCUCAAGGUACAGCUAGUUAGGUUAGGAUUAGGAUUGACUUCAUUUAUACAACCCAUUGCGAGUCCAGAUUUGGACAAAUGUCAUACAGUAUUGUAUCCAACAGAGGGCAGCAAUAGACCUGAUAAAACUUCAAUUAAAUGUUUUCAGAUUAUUGUACGAAACUUUAAGUGCAUCGGAUAGGCAUAUUACUUUAAAAUCAAACUUGUUUGGGGAAAAAUUGUACAGUAUAAUAUUAUACUUCUAUUACAACAUUUUAUUUCAAUCAAAUGUUUUGGGGUUGAAUUGCCAUGUUUCCACAAUACUUGUGAUAAACUGCUACCAUUUAGUGGUACAGUUUAUCAGGCUACUAAAAAGUAUGGCAACAAGUUGUCAACCGUGACAAUAUAGGCCAUGGACCCUAUAGCAUGCUAUACACAAAUUGGUUUUAAACAUAUUAAAGUCUUGGGUUCAUGGCAUGUAAAGAUUGUUGAAUAAAGACAAUGCCGUUCGAAUUAA